CUAUUUAAUUAUAAGAGAAAGAAAAAGAAAGCGAUGAAAACUUGUUGCCUUCUGUAUUUGAUAGGUAAAGGUUCAUGUAAGCUGUCGCAUAAACCCCCAGAUUGAGCCUUCCACCCCAAUUAAGAUGCUGACUCAGCACUUGCAUCAUCCAUCGCAUGGCCAAAAAGAGCACUGCAUCAGCUACGUUCGUUUGGUCGACGCCAUCAUCGCGAGCAUCGUCACACUUUCCCAGGCAUCCAAAUUGUUUCUUCUCAUUCAGCAUCUUAUUGGCGUUUAUUAUUUAUCAUUUCCACCAUAGGUCUUGAUUCACGAAAUUAUGACCAAAUAAGCACGGAGCUCGACCCCCGUACGAUUUCAUUCAUCCUCGUAACUUGAGCUUCGACCGCCACCGCACUGAGGUUGCUUCCAUUCACCGACCCACGAAUUCCGGGCAAACGAAACCGAGCCUUCCCAGCGAACUCAUUUCACUGGUUUAGUGGAACCGUUUCUCUUCACGUUGCACGAACAAUUUACUCCACGGUUCCUUAUCUACGAAUAGUCCGCCAAGUGCCACCCCGCAAUCCACAAACUGGAAUCCGAAGCACGCCCUUUUCCAACGCACAUUAUUAUCUACGACCUCGCAUCUUGAUAAAGUAUACAAGCGGAUUCAUCAAGAAAUACUGUCAAUCAGACAUCGAUCAAGCAUCUAAGUAGCUCCCCAUGGCGAGCCGAUACGACCUGAGGUCCGCACAGGAUCUAGAUACGAGCUACGCUUCUUUGCCUGGGACCAGUGGAAUUUCUGUCACUCAAAACUCGACGCCUCUUAAGGACAGGAUACCAAAUCAAAAUAUGGGAGGAUGUCACCCUUCAAGAUGGAUAUACGAACUCUUGCACAAUAAGUUCACUGUAUGCGAUGUCUUUGAACGGUUGCGCAAAACGGAACCGAACACUCCAAAUCCUUGGGAUCACCCCCAUCGAUUGAUGAUAAAUGGUAACCAGAGUUAUUCAACCAAAUCAACGCGAGUAUUGUCCUCGCUGUGCGUUGACUGCCACUUUCAUUUUGUGUUUAAGAUGUCAUGGGACGAGCGACACUCUCAAGAAUCAUGCAACUUUCAACAGGGGCAGUGGCCUCCGAGUGAUGCGAGAUUCCCCUGGCAUCAUCUUGUUUGGGUUGGUCAAGAGUCGCAAUCUUCGCCACUCGUUAAGAUUGAUGACAGACAACGAAACAAGUAUUACCCGCUCGUUGCUUGCGAGCCUUUUGCAUGCUCGGCCGGCCCAUGUACGUUCUCCGUCACGCUGGAAAUCUCGAAACCUCGCAUGGCUCGCGAAUGGAUUGACUUAUUACUUGACCACGAUACCAUUCGCAAGAAUGUGCGCCGUGCUAAGGAACAGGAUCCGGACCGUUACGCCGCAGCAAAUGAUGACUGGGCACUGCAAGCUCCUCUGAACCUGAACACAUACCUCAAGAACAUAAUUGAGGCCACUUCACAUGAGAACGCGAGGAGCAUUUCCAAAAGGAAUAAGCGAUUCUUUGUACUUUUCGGGACUUCAUGUUUUGAAAUGUUCAGACAACUCGAAUUCGAGGAAACAAUUGAUGUAGCGGAAGAUGGAGUUGAUGGAGGGACUUUCACACCACCGAUCCCUCCUCAGUCAGAUAACCCUUCUGGGGCUACCGAUUUAGGUACAUAUCGAGCAUAUAUCGAAGAUGUGAGAUCUGAGGUUCAGUGCAUUAUCAUUAUACACAGAGGCGGUCAGCCUGCUGAGUUAUGCACUCCUGGUAUACAUGCCGAUUUGGGAUGUGCAGAGGUACCGAACAUGGAAUAUGUCUUCGUGAACCUUGCGCGUUAUGAGAUCCUGGGAGUUUUGCCAAAUCAGUCGAAGGAGAUUGUUGUCAAUGCUUACAAGAGACAGUGGGAAAUUAUUCCUGAUAAACGAAAAGAGCUCAUUGAGGCUCUCGUGAGUAUUGGAAAUGAUCUUAACGACGAACAGCUCACUGAAUACGCUACCACUCAAUCAUCAAUCUUCGAGAGCCAAGUACAAACUCAACCAAACAGUGACGAUCGCGAGUUGACGAGCGAGGCUUUGCUAUUCUUCGAGCUGCAGCCUCUGAACGAAUACAAGGCACAAUCCAUCGUUCAAGCAUUCCGACGAAAGGUGGCGCAAGAUCCCAGCUGUGCUACCACCGCCCGAAAUAUGUUGAUGCUGAUCUCUCGAGCAUCAUCCGAUGAUAACUACACGGCAGAGUUGGUGAUGGAGUAUGGGGAGGGUUUCUCUUUAGUCACGGCGAAAGAGAUUCUUGGCUUGAGUGAUGCCAGUGGCUUUGGGCCUGAUACGUUGGACGAUGUCAAAGAAAAGAUUCAAAACGCCAAAGACAAGGAUGCCAAGACAACUUACUUGGAGGCUAUGGAGAAGAUUGCGGAGCACACGAAUUCAACCGGUCUCAAAAGCGCAGUUGGAGAACUGAGAGAAAUGCAUGGUAUUGUAGCUUCUGGUGAAAGGAGCGCCGCCGGCGCCUCCGCACAAACUACGAACUUUGAUCUUCCGGUUGGGCUGGAGAAUAUUGGAAAUACGUGCUAUCUCAACAGCCUUUUGCAAUAUCUUUUUACUGUCAAACCAGUUCGAGAUGUCGUUAUCAACUAUGACAAGUUUAAGCUCGAGUUGACGGAUGAGAAAAUCAAGGAGCGAUUGCUUGGUGGUAACAAAAUGCAGCUGGAUCGUGGCGAAGCUGUUGUUGCUCAGGCUUUUGUACAGGAGCUUUCAGAUCUAUUCAACAAUCUUGAAAAAUCCGACAAGGUAGCAACGCGUCCGUCUCAGAGGCUCGCCAACGCUGUGCUAUUGUCCACCGGCACGCUCCUCAAGGAAACGAAGAGCUCUGUCGAAGCAACAACUGAAUCUAAGCCGCCACCACUUCCUACUCGACCACCCCCUGGACCCCCAGCAAAGGAAAACAACGACUUGGAGAUGAUUUCUACAACCGCCAAUGAUAACCGCGACUCAGUUGAUACAGCUAGCACAGUCAGCUCGCAAACACUCGUCGAAGAGGAUUCAGACCGUUCUUAUGAGAAAGUGGAGACCUCUCCAACUACCACUGAAGAUCAGGUAAUUGACACAGUGAUGGAGGUUGGACAAGAUGAGGAUGUCGUUAAAAUCAGUCGAACGAGUGAUAAGCCCAUGGAAAUUCUCGAGGUUGUCGAAACAUCGAAGAACGGCACUUCCCAGGAUAUUGUGUCUACUGAUGUCAACAUGCCGGAUGCCGGGGAGCCACAAACGGUCGACCAUAAGGUGCUGACUGCCCUGGAACACCAGAAUAGGUCUUCUGGUACCGACCAGCAGGAUGUAGAAGAGGUGAUGGGCAGCAUCAUCAAUCGUCUCCAAGCCGCUAUCCGCCCAUCGUUUGUUGACGAGUCAACCGGUAUUCAAUUCGAAGAGAUCAUGAAAACUUUCUUCGUUACCACCAUUAAUUACACCAAGAAGUUUGACGACAAGACUUAUCAAAAAGAAAUUAGUUUUGAUCGGUCUAUUACUGCAUUCCCUGCUCCCAAAGGUUCAUGCUCACUAUACGAAGCCCUUGGACGAAAUUUCGACCAGCAAAUUAUUGAAGAAGACAAACUUUCACGAUAUACAGCUAUCCAGACGCUACCGCCUGUUCUGCACGUACUCAUUCAAAGGUCGCAGUCUAUAGGGAGCAAGAACGGCAACCCCGUACUAAUUCCUGAAAUACUAUACCUCGACCGAUACAUGGAUGCCCCCCACGACUCCCCGAUCUUCAGAGAAAGAGUCAAGAGUUGGGCCAUCGCCAGCCGCAUAUCUGACAUCGAAGCCUCCAAGGCUGCAGUUGAGAGCAUGAGCCCAACUGGACCCAUUCUCGAGAGCAUUGCACAAGAAGAGGAAGCUAAAUGCAGUAUUGCAGCUGCCACAGAAGACAGUGAAAUGACAGAUGGUGUGAAGAUCGUGGAAGAGGACUGGAGUUUCGAUGGGACGGUUGAUGACGACUAUCUUCUUGUUGGCCGACCCAGCGUAAACUCAGUGACCUCGGCUGGCCUACCUUCCAGGCCAAAAGACAUCAAAGACACCGAGACCGCAGUUCGGGAGAUGAUGGAUUCUGAGCUCAAAGACAAGAAGGUAGCUCUGGAAGAUUACUACUCCAAUUUGAAGAGCAAUCCGUACCGGCUCCAUGCAGUCAUAUGCCAUCGUGGCCAGCUGUUAUCUGGUCACUAUUGGGUAUGGAUUUACGACUUUGAACAGGAUGUUUGGCGCAAAUACAAUGAUUCCAAUGUCGAGGUCAAACGCAGCACAGCUGAAGUUUUAAAUGCAUUGAGUACCAGUGGAGAGCCAUACUUUCUUUGCUACGUCCGCGAUGAAGACAAAGAGACUUACGUCGACGUACCUCGGCGUCGAAGACCAGCACCACCAUCAGAUACCUCGUUGGAAAACCUCGACGCUGAUGGAGAUAUAACAGUCACCAACAGCGAACCGCCAAAGACCUCGGGGUCACCUCAGGAGCUUCCGCCCGCAUAUUCGGAGCAAAAGAUUGACUAGGGACCUCCUCCACUGUCGGUUAGCAAAGGUGUAGCGUCUGUUCCGCCCAAACAGUCAUCACCAGUUAGAACGGACGCGGCGGUGACCUCUGGAAUCCAAAGCACUCAAAACCCAGUUAAGCGAGUUCCCUUGUCAAACGAAGACGAUGCUAGUUCUUCUACAAGAGAUGUGUAUGAAGCUCCGAGAUCACCCACAAAACGACGAAAGCUUGUCGAGACUGAUAAACGGGCACCAGAACCCCCAAGAUUGCCCCAUACCUCUGAGAAGCAACCUCAGGCUGGCCCUCAAACAGAGCUUGUGAUUGGCGCAAAACUGACCCAUGAGGAUUGUAGCACAGUAGCUCAAAAGUGCAAAAGAGUUGAGCUAGGGACCCCCGAUCGAGCUAUCAAGGCGGUCAAGAAACGGAUUAAGUUGAAGGUGAAACCUCAGACAGAUCCUCUGGCUGACGGCAGACGGCAGACGGCACCGUGGGCCCUGCGGUAUAGUACAUCGCAUUAUCGAAAAAGCCAAGCUCCAGGGAAAGCGUGAGAAAGCUACCGAGGACGACGAGACAAAGGAGCCGUAAUCUGUGGUGUGAGAAGGACAGGCCAUUAUUGAACCAAAGAACCUUUCAACGGAGUUCAUGUAAUUAAUAGGUUUUUGGGGUGGGAUUUCCUGGUGAUGACAUGCCCGGAAGUCAGAUAGAUGCAGAAAGAAUAGCAGAUAAGUCGUUGUAUACUGUUCCAUGAGUUGCGAAGAGAACUUGGAGCUGACUCCAUCUGUUUUAAUGGCCAAUUCGUCAACCUUUCAUAUCUCAUACUGCCCACAUUGCUCGUGCUUUGAUAUCAACUCUCAAGGAUUUCAAUAUACCUUAUCGGCCAGUGAAAAUAGGCUUCCUCUUCUCCUGGAACGCCUUGAGGGCUUCGUUUCUAUCCUCGGUAUUGACGACUCGCUCAUACAUCUUGUUCUCAACCUCUUCCCUUGCCCAUGCUACAGCCUGAAGAGCAGCCCUCACACCGAUUGGCCCUCCUUCGCAAAUCUCCUGCGCCAAUCUCACAGCUUCACUCAACGCUGCUUUUCUGGCCUCGCCAAGGACAUCUGAGCCAUCACGCUCGUCCUCGGGUACGACCUCAACGAGCCGGUCGGCAAUACCUAGAAAGUAUGCCUCAGGAGCGCCAACGCGACGGCCGGUCAGGAUCAGAUCGCGGGCGCGGGAGAGGCCGAUGAGAGCGGGAAGACGGUGGGUGCCGCCGGCGCCGGGGAUGAUGCCUAGACGGGUCUCAGGAAGACCGACCGUUGCAUUGGAACUCAGAACGCGAAAGUGUGUAGAGAGGGCGAGCUCAAGUCCGCCGCCGAGUGCGACUGAGGAGAUGGCCGAGAUGGUAGGGAUGGGAAGGCUGGAUAGAGAUGUGAGGGUGUUGCGAAGAUUUGUGAGAAAUUCAGCAGUUCUGUGCCCGGUGAUUAGUACAGCACAUUGAUAUUUGAUAUAGGGAAUACUGACUCUCCCUGGCUCAUUCCCUUACGCUCCUUGAGGUCCGCGCCAGCGCAAAACGAUGUAUCAACAGCACUAGCCAGCACAACAGCUCUCGUAGGACCCUUCUCAUCUGCGCCAGCUGCACCACCAAAACGCUUCUGCAGUGGCAGUUCUUCGCCAUUGGGCCCAUAUUGACUAUGUAAAGCAUCGAUCUCGGCGCGAAGAUUCGCUAGAAGAGCCCUUGAAAUGGCAUUUCGCGCAGACGGGCGGUUAAGCUCAAGAAUGCGAAUAUGGCCGGUGUUUGGUGCGGGGAGGUUCGUUACGCGGAUGAGAGGUUCGGUGGUAGAGGAGUAGUGACGUCUGAGAAGACGAAGGGUCACUACCGGUUGGGAGAGACGAGGUGCCAUUUUGAGUAGAUCAAUUGGUAAUUGCUGGGUCGUUAUUGAUGAUGGGGAGCUGAGCUUUGUAUAUCAUCUUAAGGUAUCUGAGACAUGGCAUUGCGAGCCGAGGAAUGAUGUGCAUCGGUUGGUGUCGGUUCAUAAAUGUUAAGCCGAUAACCGAUAAGACAAGGACGGGAUUUUAAGAGAAGCAUCCGUAGAUUUAUGGUUAAUCUAACUUCACACGGUUAUAUACAUCCUUGCCCGUUGAAGCCUUUGAUCAUAUUCUUGUAUGUAACCCUAAUGAGUAGGAUAUAGGGUUGUCACUAUCAACGAAGCACGUUUGGUGGAGAUGAUGAGUUGGUCCGAGUUCCACAUACAAUUAUAUGAUGACGAUCGACAAUACGACGUACCAAGAAGCUGUUACUGUAUGUCUGGUCAGCUUAUGAUUACUAUAAUUCUUUUCGACAU